AUGGGAGCCUUGGGUUCGCUCUGGGUUUUCUUCACUCUCAUCACUCCAGGAGUUCUUGGUCAGUGUAAGUUGCUGCCAAAUUAUUCUUUUGCUAAGCCUUCUAUUGUGAGUGAUAAGUCUGAGUUUGCCGUUGGAACAACUUGGGAAUACAAAUGCCUCCCUGGGUAUUUUAGGAAGUCAUUUAUUAUCACCUGCUUAAAAACUUCCAAGUGGUCAGAUGCUCAGCAGUUCUGUAAACGUAAACUAUGUAUCAAUCCUCAAGACCCCCUCCAUGGUUCUGUGCAUAUAAACACGAGUAUCGAGUUUGGGUCAACAAUUACGUAUUCUUGUAAUAAAGGAUAUCGACUCAUUGGUGACUCAUCUGCUACAUGUAUUAUAUCAGACAAUACCGUAAUGUGGGAUAAUGGUGUGCCUCUUUGUGAAUCUAUUCCUUGUGAGUCACCUCCAGCCAUCUCCAAUGGAGACUUCUACAGCAGCAACAGAGACAGCUUUUUCUAUGGGAUGGUAGUCACUUAUUAUUGCCAUACUGGAAAGAAUAGGGAAAAACUAUUUGAUCUGGUGGGUGAGAAGUCAAUAUAUUGUACCAGCAAAGACAAUCAAGUUGGCAUCUGGAACAGUCCACCUCCUCAGUGUAUUGCUAUAGUCAAGUGCCCAGUGCCAGCAAUUGAAAAUGGAGUUGUGGAGUCUGGAUUUAAACAUUCCUUCUUCUUAAAUGAUACAGUAAUAUUUAAGUGCAAGUCUGGCUUUACCAUGAAAGGCAGCAGAAUAGCAUGGUGCCAGCCAAACAGCAAAUGGAGCCCUCCACUGCCAAUAUGCUUCAUGGGAUGUCUACCACCUCAAAAUAUCCUCCAUGGUGAUUAUACCAAAAAGGAUAAGGAAUUCUUCUCUGUUGGCCAGAAAGUGUCAUAUAGCUGUAAACCUGGCUAUACUCUCAUUGGAACUAACCAUGUGGAGUGUACAUCCUUGGGAACCUGGAGCCAUACAGUCCCGACAUGUGAAGUGAAAUCAUGUGAUGCAGUUCCAAACCUACUUCUCCAUGGCCGUGUGUUUCUUCCCCCUAAUCUCCAGCUUGGGGCAGAGGUUUCCUUUGUUUGUGAUUUAGGGUUCCAGUUAAAAGGCAAAUCUUCUAGUCAGUGUAUCCCAGAAGGAGAGACAGUAAUCUGGAAUAAUAAGUUUCCUGUCUGUGAACAGAUUUCUUGUGACCCUCCUCCUGAAGUCAAAAAUGCUCGGAAACUCUAUUAUUCUCUUCCCAUAAUUCCUGGAACUGUUGUGAGGUACACUUGUUCACCUAGCUACCGCCUCAUCGGAGAAAAGGCUAUCUUUUGUAUAAGUAAAGAUCAAGUGAAUGCCACCUGGGAUAAAGCUCCUCCUAUAUGUGAAUCUGUGAAUAAAAUCAUUUCUUGCUCAGAACCCAUAGUACCAGGGGGAUUCAUAAAUAAAGGAUCUAGACCACCAUUCAGACAUGGUGAUUCUGUGACAUUUACCUGUAAAGCCAACUUCACCAUGAAAGGAAGCAAAACUGUCUGGUGCCAGGCAAAUAAAAUGUGGGGACCAACAGCACUGCCAGUCUGUGAGAGUGAUUUCCCUCUGGAAUGCCCAUCACUUCCAACGAUUCAUAAUGGACACCACACAGGACAGAAUGUUGACCAGUUUGUUGCGGGGUUGUCUGUGACAUACAGUUGUGAACCUGGCUAUUUGCUUAUUGGAAAAAAGACAAUUAAGUGCUUAUCUUCAGGAGACUGGGAUGGCGUCAUCCCUACAUGCAAAGAGGCCCAGUGUGAACAUCCAGGAAUGUUUCCCAAUGGGCAGGUAAAAGAGCCUCUGAGUCUUCAGGUUGGUGCAACUGUGUACUUCUCCUGUAAUAAAGGGUACCAAUUACAAGGACAACACUCUAGUCAGUGUGUAAUUGUUGAACAGAAAGCCAUCUGGACUAAGAAGCCAGUAUGUAAAGAAAUUCUCUGCCCACCACCUCCACCUGUUCGUAACGGAAGACAUUCAGGCAGCUCUUCAGAAAAUGUACCAUAUGGAAGCACAGUUACCUACACCUGUGACCCAAGCCCAGAGAAAGGAGUGAACUUCACUCUUAUUGGAGAGAAGACUAUCUCUUGUACUACCGGUAGUCAGAAGACUGGCAUCUGGAGCGGCCCUGCUCCAUAUUGUGAACUUUCAACUUCUGCAGUUCAGUGUCUACAACCCCAGAUCAAUAGAGGGAAGAUGUUAUCUAUUUUGAAAGAUAGUUAUUCAUAUAAUGACACUGUGGCAUUUUCUUGUGAACCUGGCUUCACCUUGAAGGGCAGCAGGAGCAUUCGAUGUAAUGCCCAUAGCACAUGGGAGCCACCGGUACCAGUGUGUGAAAAAGGAUGUCAGGCUCCUCCUAAAAUCAUCAAUGGGCAAAAAGAAGAUAGUUACAUGCUCAACUUUGACCCUGGUGCAUCCAUAAAAUACAGCUGUGACCCUGGCUAUUUACUGGUGGGAGAGGACACUAUACACUGUACCCCUGAGGGGAAGUGGACACCCAUUCCCCCCCAGUGCACAGUUGCAGAGUGUAAGCCAGUAGGGCCACAUCUCUUUAAAAGGCCUCAGAAUCAGUUUAUUAGGACAGCUGUUAAUUCUUCUUGUGAUGAAGGGUUCCAGUUAAGUGAGAGUGCUUAUCAACUGUGUCAAGGUACAAUUCCUUGGUUUAUAGAAAUCCAUCUUUGUAAAGAAAUCACCUGCCCACCACCUCCUGUUAUCCACGACGGGACACAUACAUGGAGUUCCUCAGAAGAUGUCCCAUAUGGAACUGUGGUCACAUACAUGUGCUAUCCUGGGCCAGAGGAAGGAGUAAAAUUCAAACUCAUUGGGGAGCAAACCAUCCACUGUACAAGUGACAGCAGAGGAAGAGGCUCCUGGAGUAGCCCUGCUCCUCUCUGUAAACUUUCCCUCCCAGCUGUCCAGUGCGCAGACGUUCAUGUUGCAAAUGGAGUCAAGCUCACUGACAAUGAAGCCCCGUAUUCCUACAAUGAUAGUGUGAUAUUCAAGUGCCAUAAUGGAUACAUUUUGAGUGGAAGCAGUCAGAUCCGGUGUAAAGCCAAUAAUACCUGGGAUCCUGAAAAACCACUUUGUAAAAAAGAAGGGUGUGAGCCUAUGAGAGAGCUGCAUGACCUUCCAGAUGAUUCACAUAUAAAACUAGUGAAUAGAACUUGUCAAAAUGGGUACCAGUUGACUGGACAUACUUAUGAGAAGUGUCAAAAUGCUGAGAAUGGGACUUGGUUUCAAAAGAUUGCAGUUUGUACAGUUAUUCUCUGCCAACCUCCGCCAACAAUUGCAAAUGGUAGUCACACAGGCAUGAUGGCAAAGCACUUCCUAUAUGGAAACGAAGUUUCAUAUGAAUGUGAUAAAGGGUUCUAUCUUUUGGGAGAGAAAAGUUUGCAGUGCAUAAAUGAUUCUAAAGGUCAUGGAUCUUGGAGUGGACCUCCACCACAAUGCUUACAAUCUUCUCCUCUAACUCAUUGCCCUGAUCCAGAAGUCAAACAUGGUUACAAACUCAAUAAAACUCAUUCUGCAUAUUCUCAUAAUGACAUAGUACAUUUUGCCUGCAAUCAAGGCUUCAUCAUGAACGGCAGCCACUUGAUAAGGUGUCAUACUAAUAACACAUGGUUACCAGGUGUACCAACUUGUAUCAGAAAAGCUUCUUUAGGGUGUCAGUCUCCAUCCACAAUCCCCAAUGGGAAUCAUACUGGUGGGAAUAUAGCUCGAUUUUCCCCUGGAAUGUCAGUCAUGUACAGUUGUUACCAAGGCUUCCUUAUGGCUGGAGAGGCACGUCUUAUCUGUACUCAUGAGGGUACCUGGAGCCAACCUCCCCCUUUUUGCAAAGAGGUAAACUGUAGCUUCCCUGAAGAUAUAAAUGGAAUCCAGAAGGGAUUUCAACCUGGGAAAACCUAUCGGUUUGGAGCUACUGUGACUCUGGAAUGUGAGGAUGGGUAUACCUUGGAGGGAAGUCCACAGAGCCAGUGCCAGGAUGACAACCAAUGGAACCCUCCUCUGGCUAUCUGCAAAUACCAGUCAACUAUUCCUCUUAUUUGUGGUAUUUCUGCAGGCUCAGCACUUAUCAUUUUGAUUAGUGUCAGCUUCUGUAUGAUAUUAAAACCCAGAGAAAGCAAUUAUCAUACAAGGACAAGACCCAAAGAAGGAGCUCUUCAUUUAGAAACACGAGAAGUAUAUUCUAUUGAUCCAUACAACCCAGCAAGCUGA